UCUGCAUGGUGCCUUUGCCUCCAUUCUGCUUGCCUGUCCGUUCAUACCCACCAUUGCAGACAGAUGGUGGAGUAGACCACGAAACGCUGAGAGGCAGAGGAAAUGUGUGUGGUAGUAAAGGGCCACAGACACGGAAGGAGUACUUAAGAGCCAGGAAGACUCACUGAGAUAUUAGACGCUUCUCUUUUAUCUGAAAAGGAAGGUUCUCCAGUUGCUUUGACCAUUCUUUUGACUCUGCCUGAAGUCCCCUGUCAAUAAUGAGGUGGUUCCACCGUGACCUGAGUGGCAUAGACGCCGAGGCCUUGCUCAAAGCACGAGGAGUCCAUGGCAGUUUUUUGGCUCGGCCCAGCCGGAAGAACAAGGGUGAUUUCUCCCUUUCUGUCAGGGUUGGGGAGCAGGUAACCCACAUCCGUAUCCAGAAUACCGGGGAUUUUUAUGACCUUUAUGGUGGGGAGAAGUUUGCCACUUUGUCUGAACUGGUGGAAUAUUACACACAGCAACAGGGAUCCCUGCAAGAUAAAGAUGGGACCAUCAUCGACUUGAAAUAUCCACUGAACUGCUCCGAUCCCACGACAGAAAGAUGGUACCAUGGGCAUCUCUCUGGCCCAGCAGCAGAGGCCUUACUCCAGGCCAAGGCCACACCAUGGACCUUCUUGGUGCGUGAGAGCCUCAGCAAACCGGGUGAUUUUGUGUUGUCCAUCCUGACCGACCAGCCUAAAUCUGGACCGGGUGCUGCUCUACCUGGAGCUACCAGUGCCCCCAAAGAACGGCGCAAAGUCACUCAUGUCAAGGUUAUGUGUGAGAAGGGAAAGUACACAAUUGGAGGCCCUGAAAUGUUUGGUAGUUUGGCAGACUUGGUGGAGCAUUUUAAGAAAGCAGGAAUCGAGGAGGUGUCUGGAUCCUACGUAUAUCUUAGACAGCCUUUCAAUGCCACUCGAGUGAAUGCGGCUGACAUCGAGAACCGGGUACAAGAGCUCAACAAAAGAAGCCAAGUGGAAGAGGCAGCCAAAGGUGGCUUCUGGGAAGAGUUUGAUAGCCUGCAGAAACAAGACUCGAAGAACCUGUAUGAUCGGCACGAGGGCCAAAGGCCAGAGAACAAAAGCAAGAACCGCUAUAAGAACAUCUUGCCAUUUGACCACUCGCGAGUCAUCCUCCAAGACAGAGAUGUGAAUGUUCCUGGGGCAGAUUAUAUCAAUGCCAAUUACAUCCAGAACAAGCUCUUUGGCCCCGAGGAGUCCACCAAGACCUACAUUGCUAGCCAAGGCUGCCUGGAUGCCACCGUUAAUGACUUCUGGCAGAUGAUUUGGCAGGAGAAUUCGCGGAUCAUCGUGAUGACCACCCGGGAAGUGGAGAAAGGAAGGAACAAAUGUGUUCCCUAUUGGCCAGAGGUGAGAAGCAGCAAGGAGUACCGGCCAUACUUAGUGGAGAAUGUCUGCGAGCACGAUGCCUUGGAGUAUAAACUCCGACACCUCCGUCUUUCACCCAUCAACAAUGGAGAGGCUGUGCGAGACAUUUGGCAUUACCAGUACCUGAGCUGGCCUGACCAUGGAGUCCCUAGUGAGCCCGGAGGCGUCCUCGGCUUCCUCGAUCAAGUCAAUCAGAAGCAGGAGAGCAUCCCACGGGCUGGGCCUAUCGUGGUGCACUGCAGCGCUGGAAUUGGUCGCACCGGGACCAUCAUUGUCAUCGAUAUGGUCAUGGAUAUGAUCUCCACAAAAGGGCUGGACUGUGACAUAGAUAUCCCAAAGGCCAUCCAGAUGGUGCGGGCCCAGCGCUCCGGAAUGGUGCAGACGGAGGCCCAGUACAAAUUCAUCUACAUGGCCAUCAGCCAGUUUAUCGAAACCACCAAGAAGAAGCUGGACGUCAUGCAGACCCAGAAAGGAAGGCCAAAUGAGUCUGAAUAUGGGAACAUCACCUACCCACCUGCUCAGAAGGCCUCCCACACGAAGGCAUCACGAAAGUCCUCCAAGCAGAAGGAAGAGUCAUCCCUGUACGAGAACUUGGAGAACACCAAAGGCAAGAAGGAGGAAAGAGAGCAAAGGCAGUUCCCCCCUUUAGGGAAGGAAAAGAAACUGAAGGGAUCUCUGAAGAAAAAAUAACCCCUGCCCAGCAUCCCAGCAGGGUGGCUAACUCACUGGCUACCCUUGUGGCAGGCUUGGAGUGACCCCUUGUUCCUUGCUCUGGGGGGAUUUCGUAACUGUGGAGGACCAACCUGAGGCAGAGAGGUGGAAAAUCCAAAGAUCACAACGGGCUUCCUGGGUUUCAAGGGGGCUUUGGUCAAGAGGCCUUUCCUGGGGAUGAUUCCUGUCAAUGAUUUGCAAAGUCCGCUGCUUGAAGCAGAUAAUCGUUCAGGCUGCCUCUGCCUUGCAGACACCCUGCCUGGAUUCCUGGCCGACGUUUUAGUGCCCCAUACGGUCUCUCUCAUGCCACGUGUGCCUGAUUGCCGGCUUUCCAUGGGCAUCUCUGCUUGGGCUUUGGAGGUGGGGGAAGCCCCUGGCAUGGUGCUCCCCGGCAUGUGCAUGCGCUGUGGUAGUCAACAACUGUGACAUGCUGAACAUCCUUCUCUUCUCCCUCUUGGUUUCCUUCAUCUUUCAGCAAAUCCAUUAUCAAUUUGCAACCUUGACUUUAAAGGCUCUCCCAGCUACUAAAACCUCCUGCUUCCGCCUUACUUUACAGCUCUAGAUUCUUCUGUUCAUCAUGAGUUGGAUCCAGUCCUUAAAAGUUUUUUUUUGUCCUUUCCCAAAUAUUGCCGUUAGAUAAUUUUAGAUUCUAGCCUUAGGAUUUGGCAGGGGGGUGGGGGAGGGGGUUGAGCCUGUGGGCAGUCUGAAGUUCUGACAUGGGGUGGUGGGUGCCACCAGAAAAUGGCUGGCCAUUUUGCCCUGCCAUUAUGUGGCUCCACGGGAGGUGGAGCCACGUAAUGGCAGGGAAGAAGGUUGUGCAGUAACUCUAAUAGCAAAUCUUCAACUUUUCAGACAGAACCCUGUUUAACAGGCUGCCUUCUAAAACAAACAUACUGUUUUAAAAUAUCUUCUUGUAUACUCACAGCCUCCCUUCAAUCGUGCUGUGAAUAUCCAUGCGCUGUGGUGACAGAUGCUGUCAAAGUGACUUUUUUAAAAAGCUGCACGAUCAUCUCCAGUGGCCAGUCAGACGCCCUGCUGCACUGAGGCCCCCCUCUGGCCCGGACCACUUUCUAAAAACACAGGAAAGUCAUCAAUGGGCAUCACAGCUGCCAUGUUGGGCAACCCUAUUGGAAGGGGUAAUUUUUACCAUGAAUGCCAGGGCAUUCAGAAACUGUAAUUCCAAGGGACGCCCUGGGGAGAAAGAAGGAAGGAGCUGAGAUGGAGGCAAACAGGACACAACUCAUGCGGUUGUGACUACAGCCUCCAUCUUACCUCCCACUCCUGAUGAGCCCGGAUGUCACGGGGAGCUGGGAUUUCACCCACACCUUCCCCUCCUGGAUAGCCCAGGUGAGCCUGAUCUCAUCAGAUCUCAGAAGCUAAGCUGGGUCGGUCUUGGUUACUAAUUGGAUGAGAGACCUCCAAUGAAGACCAGGGCUGCAGAGGCAGGCAAUGGCAAACCACCUCUGUUAGUCUCUUGCCCUGAAAACCUCACCAGGGGUUGCCAUAAGCCAGCUAUGACUUGAGGGCACUCUCUGCUCCACUCCCCUCCUUCAGCAGCCCCUACAUCUCCAUAAAAGCAGGUCCUGUCAUUUGCAGGCUUUUGCUCAGUUCAAAGAGCUUAUUCUGCUUAGACGAGAUGGGCAAGGGCAAAUUCUGCCGAUUCUCCCUUCUGGUUGAAGCACCCUGCACCCCCUUUCCACUCAGGUCCUGACAGUCCACCACAAGAGGCUGCAGAAGGUGGUGAAAAAUCCCUCUUUAUAUGAAUGGAUUGGAUCCAGCCCUGUGGCUGGAAGAGCUUCUCCGGGGCUUUUUUUCUGGGGAAAGAGGUGGCAGAACUCAGUGGGUUGCCCUCAGAGAGAACGGUCA